GUCGCUCUCGACGUAAACUUGUUUUCUGUCACAUGUAAACAAAGAUAGAAGUGGCGAUUACAAGUCUAAACUUACGAAAAAUCUAAUUAAAGGUAAACAGAAAAAACCGCGGAUUGUUUUUUGUGUGCAAGUGCGGUGCAACGCGAAUAACGACGGACCGUAACGCGAUUAAAUCGGUGCGAAAGAGGGUUCCGAACCUCCAAAAACUUUGUUGCAAUUUUGGUUAAUUAGUUAAUAAUGGGUAAAAGUGAACAAAUUAGCGAGAAUGUACCGGGUUUGUCCCCACAAAAUGAAGCCAGUAAACUUUUGGAGCAGGCCCUGCUUCAAAUGGACGGCAUUAUUAUGGGUAACAGUGGUUCGUUGACGGCCCACUCUCCUGACUAUGGCUUCGCAGCACCGCCGCCAAGCGUGCGGGAGGCGGCCCAAUUGCUCGUUACGGCCCUGCAAAAUUCCUCGUCGCCGCCCGCCCUCGAUCCGGCCCUGUCGAAAGUCAUUCUGCAUUGGAUUCAAGAGGUAAUAUAA